AUGGUUUCUUCACUUCACGGCGAAGAAGAGAUCUUCGACCGUCUUCAGAAACACGCAGUUGACCCGAAGGUGCUAGAAGAGCGGAAGAAAGCAGUCAAUGAACGAAUAAGUGGCAUUUACCAGAAGGCUCAGGCUCGCCUUGCAGAAUUGCUCGAGCAAAAUUCCACGUUACCAUGCACUAUUUCCUCUGUCCAAGUCCUCAAUGCGCCGAAUACCAGGAGAGGCUUCCUUGAGAAGGCCCUCCAGCCCUUGUUAAGCGAAAAUAAAGGCCGCACACUUACUCUAUCGGAGACCCUCGAAGAAGUAGCGAAAUGCACGAACAGGCUAAAUCAAUUCGACAUAUUCGAGCAACCGAUUGGUGUCUAUUUUGAUAAGCCCUCACAAACCGACCCGAGCACCACUCCAACCGAUUUGAGUGUUUAUCUUGCCACCAAAGAGAAAUCUCGUCUGCUGUUGAAGACCGGAACCGAUCUCGGAAACGCAGAAGGGUCGGCCUACGGAAAUCUCCUCUGGCGGAACAUCUUCGGCGGUGCAGAGAACUUGAACUUGAACGCCUCUCUCGGCACACGCACGAGAUCAUCUUACCAGGCCGUUUUCGAAACCCCAAUUCUUAGCGAUCCGAACUUUAGAUGGGAGGCCGGGGCUGUUGCGAGCGAUACAAAGAAACCCUGGGCAAGCCACGAGGAAGUACUGAAGGGCGCCUGGACCAAAUUCCGCUGGCUUAACGGCCGUGGCCAUCGACAUGAAAUAGCCCUUAAUGGCCUGUGGCGCCAGAUUACGGGCUUAGCACCCAAUGCCUCAACAACCGUUCGCGAGGAUGCUGGCGAUAGUGUCAAAACUAGCAUCUCGCAUAUAUGGGUUAACGAUCGCCGUGAUAACCCCAUUCUUCCAACACGCGGAUUCUACACACGGACUCUGAAUGAACUUGCCGGAUGUGGUCCAUUGAAAGGAGAUGUAGCGUUUUGGAAGUCGGAAGUAGAGACCCAGACAGCGAUCCCGGUUCCUGUUCCAGGCAUCGAGGGAGAUAGUGGGAUAAGCUUCACUUCGAGUUUCCGAGCUGGCCUUCUGUACCCCCUGGGCCUAGACUCUGACUCCAAACCUCAGCUUUCAAAGAUCAACGAUCGUUUCCAACUGGGGGGGCCAACGGACGUUCGUGGCUUCAGGCUGUCUGGCCUGGGACCUCGCGAAGGACCAGAUGCGUUAGGCGGAGACCUUUAUGCUGCAGGAAGCGCCAACAUCUUCUUCCCUCUCCCCCGCGUUGGUGCUGAUAAGCCCUUCAGACUCCAGGCGUUCAUCAAUGCAGGCCGCCUGCUUGCCCUGCGAACACCCACCGGCCAGGCUCCGACAUCAAAUGCUGAGGUUCGGGAGAGUGUAUGCCACACGAUCGCCGAGCUUCAAAACGGUCUACCAAGCGUUGCCGCCGGGGUAGGACUUGUAUACGCUCAUCCUGCUGCUAGAUUUGAGCUCAACUUCUCUCUCCCGCUCGUGGUUAGAAAGGGAGAAGAGGGCAGGAAAGGCCUUCAACUUGGAAUUGGAAUUAGCUUCUUGUAG